GUAUGACCUCUUAAGUCUGGAAUGCAAUUCACGUGGAUGCCUAGACUCUGAAGACACACAGAGCAGCGAUUGACAGAAACGCUUCAACCUAAUCGCAAAGCAUUCCUCUCCACGAGUCAACCAUUGCUACGAUAUUCCCCAGUUCGCACUUUCCAAGAUGAUGUCCGGAACGUUGAUCGCAUCCAUCCCCUACUUAUACCUCAUCCCAGCAGCAACCGCAACCAGCCUCUUCUCAACAUUUCCCUCCUCCCACAUAUCGCAGCAAGUCUUCGAUGGCGACAACUUCCUCAAAUACACCGGGAUCCGCGGGCCCUACGUCGACCGCAAAUCUUACGGCAUCAGCCGUGACCCACCGCCGCAAUGUACCGUCGACCAAGUGAUCAUGAUCAAACGCCACGGCGAGCGCUAUCCAUCAUCCGACGAGGGGUCCUCGAUCGAAACCGUCCUCAAGAAAGUCAACAGCACAGUCCAGUCCGCAAACAGUAGCCUCACGCCCGGAGGCAGAGGCGACCUCGAUUUCCUCCGCCGCGGCAACUGGACCUACUUCGUGCCCUCAGACUGCUACGAAGCCGAGACCUCCACGGGGCCCUACGCGGGCCUAGCAGAAGCACACACCCACGGCCAGCAAUACCGCGCACGUUACGGACAUCUCUGGGAUGAUCACGCGGUCCUCCCGCUCUUCGCGGCGGAGUUCCAGCGCAUCAUCGACACGGCCCGGGAGUUCGGCGAAGGCUUCGUCGGCAUGGAGAACUACACUACCAAAGCCGCAAUGAACCUCAUCUCAGAGUCGAGCAGUCGCGGUGCAGAUAGCCUGACGCCCUCGUGCCACCAGGACGACAGCGGCGCAAGGGACAACUGUAAUGCGUAUCCGUACCAUCUCCCGCAGUUCGAUGCCGCCGCGGAGCGACUGAACGCGCAGUAUAAGGGCCUGAACCUCAGCUGGUCGGAUGUCGUCACGUUAAUGACAAUGACGGCAUACGAGCUCAAUACGCGCAGCUCCUCCGAGUGGAUCGACAUCUUCACCACCGACGAAUGGGUCAGCUUCUCGUACAUUUGGGACGUGAACUUCUACUACUGCGCCGGCCCAGGAAACAAAUACAUGCGCGCCGUCGGCGCAAACUACCUCAACGCCUCGCUCUCCCUCCUCCAGCAAGGUCCCUCAAAAGUCGGACCCCUCUUCUUCAAUUUCGCCCACGACAGCAACAUCUCCCCGAUAAUCGCCGCCCUCGACAUCGACAACCCACCGCAGGACCUCCCAACCGACCGCGUCGCCUUCGACCUCCAGCAGAACUGGCGCAUCACCGACAUCAUCCCCAUGGGCGGCCGCCUAACCCUUGAGCGGUUGAACUGCAGCGCGACGUCCGCGGGGACCGGGACCUACGUGCGGAUUGUGCUGAAUGAGGCGGUCGUGCCCCUGCGAGAUUGCCAGGAUGGACCGGGGUACUCGUGUUCGUUGGCGCAGUAUGCGGAGUUUGUGGGGAGAUUGCCUGGCUUUGCGAGUGAGUGUCAUGUCCCGGUCGAUGAGCCGCAGGUGCUGGGGUUUUGGUGGAAUUAUACGACUUCUACGGCGGAGAAUUGGCAUCGUGGGGAGAGGUGUAAUGGGCUUGCUUGAAGUUAUCUUGGAUUGGUUGAAGGGUCGGAGUGAGUGGGGAGUGGAGUUGUCUUGGGUGCGUUUAUAUAGUGCAUGACAGUUCAUUUUAGUGGGCUGUGGAGUGGUGGGAUGGAGACAGCAUACUCUGUUCAUGAACGAGCAUGUGGAUUGCUGUUAUUCAAGGAUAUUUAGAGUUGGUAAUGCC